UUCUUUUUCUUUUCUGCACUGAACUCUUCUCUCUCUCUCUCUGUAUUCUUUUUUUUUUUUCUCUCUUUUUUCUCCGCCGGAGAACCCACCGGCGGCACCGUGAGAAACUAAAAAAGCCGAGCAUGGGGAACUGCAACACGUGCGUGAAAUCUGACGUGGUGGAGAGCAAGAGGGACAAGAAGCCGAACCCGAACCCGAAAAAACCGAACCCGUUUUCGGAAGAAGCGGGUCGGUCCUCGGCGGCUCCGAUCCGCGUUUUGAAGGACGUGAUUCCAAUGAGCCACCGGAGCCGCAUAAGCGACAAGUACAUAUUGGGCCGGGAAUUGGGCCGGGGCGAGUUCGGCAUAACGUACCUGUGCACGGACCGGGAGACGAAGGAGGCGCUGGCGUGCAAGUCCAUCUCCAAGCGGAAGCUGAGGACCGCCGUCGACGUGGAGGACGUGCGCCGCGAGGUGGCCAUCAUGUCCACCCUGCCGGAGCACCCCAACGUCGUCAAGCUCAAGGCGACCUACGAGGACAACGAGAACGUGCACCUCGUCAUGGAGCUCUGCGAGGGCGGCGAGCUUUUCGACCGGAUUGUCGCCAGGGGACACUACAGCGAGCGCGCCGCCGCCGGAGUGGCGCGCACCAUCGCCGAGGUCGUUAGGAUGUGCCACACCAAUGGCGUCAUGCAUAGGGACCUCAAGCCGGAGAACUUUCUGUUCGCCAAUAAGAAAGAGAAUUCACCUCUCAAGGCCAUUGAUUUUGGUCUCUCCGUCUUCUUCAAGCCAGGGGAAAAAUUUUCGGAGAUUGUUGGGAGUCCUUACUAUAUGGCUCCGGAGGUUUUGAAGCGGAAUUAUGGACCAGAAGUUGAUGUGUGGAGUGCUGGAGUGAUUCUUUAUAUUUUGCUGUGUGGGGUUCCUCCGUUUUGGGCAGAGACCGAACAAGGUGUGGCGUUGGCGAUCUUGAGGGGUGUGAUUGACUUCAAGAGGGAACCUUGGCCGCAAAUAUCGGAGAGUGCUAAGAAUCUUGUGAAGGGAAUGUUGGAGCCGGAUCCUAAAAAGCGCUUGACGGCUGAACAGGUGCUUGAACAUCCCUGGCUGCAAAAUGCAAAGAAAGCUCCAAAUGUUCCAUUAGGAGAUAUUGUGAGGUCAAGGCUUAGGCAGUUUUCUGUGAUGAAUAGAUUCAAAAAGAGAGCUCUGCGGGUAAUUGCAGAGCAUUUAUCUGUUGAAGAGGUAGAAAUAAUCAAAGAUAUGUUUACAUUGAUGGAUACUGACAAAGAUGGCAGAGUAACUUAUGAGGAACUGAAGGCUGGGUUGAGGAAGGUUGGUUCACAAUUGGCUGAGCCAGAGAUAAAGAUGCUGAUGGAAGUGGCUGAUGUUGACGGAAAUGGUGUACUUGACUAUGGAGAGUUUGUAGCUGUUACAAUUCACUUGCAAAAAAUGGAGAAUGAUGAGCAUUUCCACAAAGCAUUCAAGUUUUUUGACAAAGAUGGAAGUGGAUAUAUUGAGUUAGGCGAGCUACAGGAAGCAUUAGCAGAUGAGUCAGGAGAAACUGAUGCUGAUGUAUUGAAUGACAUCAUGCGUGAAGUUGACACUGACAAGGAUGGUCGCAUCAGUUAUGAGGAAUUUGUGGCCAUGAUGAAAACUGGAACCGAUUGGAGAAAAGCAUCUAGGCAAUAUUCAAGGGAGAGAUUCAAGAGUUUGAGCCUAAAUUUGAUGAAGGAUGGCUCGCUUCAGCUUCAUGAUGGAAUUACUGGUCAAGCUGUGGUGGUUUGAAUGUAAACUGUAAAGUAAUUUCUUUCUGUAACCUCAUUCUCACUCGAACACUCAUUUUUCUUGCACCACUUUUUGUGCUUGAAAUAUCGCUUGCGGAAUCUCUCCAUGAAACCAAGUUUUGGGCAGGUUUGAGUUUUAGUGUUUGAAGGUUCAAAUGACCUUGAGUUGGAGUUGCUUAGCUUAGGUUUCUUAGUUGGAUUGCAUGUUAGAUGCCUGAAGCUUGUGUUGGAGGAUUUCAAUUGCAUACUAAAGAUGGUUCAUAGCUUAGCAAAAAGUGGAGAGCACAUGCUAUAGCUACAUACCCGAAAAAGUUACACAUUCUUUGUAUAUCUUUGUAAUUGUCCUGUUGUAUGUGUUUGAUAAUUCCAUUGGUAAAUGUGAUUUUUCUAACUUGUGUGCAGAAAACCAGUUAGGACUUGUCUCAUUGGAUAUGAACUUCUGAAAAAGUGUAGCUAUCUUAAGCCCUCAUUUUUUUUUUAAUCUCCCAACCCUUGUUUAGAUAUUAUCCCUUGUCCCCAGUUAUUAAAUUUGGUUAAUGUACUUUAGUUAUUAGCAUAAUCUGAAGCAGCCCUAAAUUGUAUAUAGAGUCAUAUGUUUGUAUCCACAUAUACUAGAUUGCAAAUCAAACUUGGGUGAAGUGUACGCAAUCUCUCACUAUAUAGGCUAUGUUUGAAUAUAAAAUUUGUAAUCUCA